GCCUCACCAGGUAUAUCCGUAGAGCUGUAUAAGCAUACUGACAGCAGGUCAGAGAGGUCCUGGCCUUGCUACCUUGCACUGGAAGCAUCUCAGCAAGGUGAGAGGACACUAGGAUAGGAUUCAGUGGGCGGCUGGUUGGCUACAGGGGGGAGCUGAAAGAUUUCUUCUUGCAAGAAACUCCCAUCUGGUCAGAUGUUAUUGAGCAGGGAGUGGUAAGGAUCAAAUAUCUCAGCAUGUUGGAGGUCAGUGUCCCCUCCUCUUGUCAACGUGCCCACCUCCAUGAUGAGAAGGGAAGCACAUCUUCUUCCCACGUGACCCAGGCUUUCAGAAAGAAGAGACCCGUUGAGCAGCCUCACAGCAUCCUCCCGGCGCUGAAGAGACCACACCAUGUCCUGCCCCUUGGCUGGGAUCCUGCUCCUCGCCCUGCAGGUGGCUGCUUCCCAGGAGCAGCUGUGGCUGCAGCAAAACCCAGCAGAGAUCUGGAUGACCUCAGGACAGACUGUGCAGAUGGACUGCACUGUUUUGUAUGAAGACUAUCUUGUAUCCUGGUACAAAGAGCAUCAGGACGGCAGUCUGCAGUGCGUUGCCCAGACUGGUAAAUCUGUACCUGCAAAAGGAAGAUACUCAAGUAAAGUGAGCGGUGCAGGGAAAACAGUCUCUCUAGUCAUCAGGGAUCUGCAGGAGGAGGAUUCUGGGGUCUAUUACUGUGCCGUUGAUGCCUUUACAUAUGCUGGCUUUGGGAAUGGGACCAGGUUGAUCAUCUCUGAUGCCGCCCAACCCAGCCUUGCCAUCUUGGCACCUUCCCCCAAGGAGGAAGCUGAGCUCCCAGACCCCGUCCCCCUGCUCUGCCUGCUCUCCCCGCAGGCUCAGGGUUGGGGGACACCUCUCUGGGACCUUGGGGAGGGGUCUCCAGGACAGGCAGAUGCAGGAGCCCAGGAUGGGGAAGGUGCAUGGAGCAUGACAACAGUCCCCAAAGAGAAGUGGGACACGGGGACGUGCUGCACCUGCACCGCCAGACAGGAGGGAACAAGGAGAAACAUCAGUGCUGCCAUGCCUAAGGGCCUGGGCACCAUGUCGGAGGGUACGUGA